CAAGCAAACCGUUUGCGGAAUAAAAGUGUGAUUAAAAAAUAUGAUUUUGUGAUCCUUUAAUGCUAUGUUAACACGUGACUAGAAAAAGUAUUAUGUGCAUUGCGCAUCUCGUAGUUUGUGAAUAGAAAAGGAUUUAUGUGCAGGAACAUUCUUAGUGCGAGAUUUGGAAAUGUUUUUACAACCAAUUUGACAGUUGAAUAAGUACAUAAGUUGAUAUAAGUUCAGAAAAUAAAACAAUUGUGUAUUCUCUUAACGAUAUUUAAGAUUAAUUAACCAAACGUAUCAAUUGAAUGCGUACCGAGCAUUAAUCACUGAUUUAUUUUUAACCAUCAUCUGUUAAAGUUUCCCGCGCGCACAUCAAAGGGAUAUUUCCGAGAAAAAUCUCUCAAACGUUUGGCCGAAACACUUACCGCAGAAUUGGGUCGCGGCUAACCAAUGAGGCCGAUCGGGUUAAACAAAUCAUACUUAACGAAACAACCAGGUAUAAAUAGGGGAGCACCUGGAUUGAAGUGUGAUGAAAGCGCAGGAACUGAACAAAAUGCUGUUUGAGGCUGUCAUGAACAAAAUACCAUCGGUAUAUCGCGAGGGUAGCUCGCGAUGGUGCGCGGGCGACGUGAUGAGCCAAGUGGCGGAGGAUUCGGACGACGAUGUCGAAGCAGGGUACAUUUCCAGCGACGAAUCCGCACACGCCCUGGACCUCGCGGAGAGGCUGAGGAUCAAACCCUCCAGGGAUAUUUGGGAGUUAGAUGAAAUACAGUAUUCACUGCAUCAACUGCCUCAUGCAGAAGAGAUUAGUAUACUUGUGGAAACAGGGCACUAUGACGAUGUCAUAUGCUUUGUGACACCGACAGAAAAAUGCUUGCUAGCUCGCACAGCAGCCUUGUGGGCAUGCUGGCUUGCUAGGAGUUCUCUUCUGGAUAGACUGUUAAAGUUGGGAGUGGAUCCUAAUAGCGCAGAUGAUGCUGGCAGGACUUGUCUGCAUCUAAGCUGCUUAGUGGGUAGUGAUGAAUGUGUCAGAUUAUUACUGCAGCACAAAGCUGACCCGAACAAGUGGGAUUCUUCCAGCGAAAAGAGAGCGACGCCAUUACACUGCGCUGCUAGCGCGAAAUCCGUAACGUGUGUCAAGGUGCUACUCAAUCAUGGCGCUGACGUAAACGCCGGUCUGAGUGAGCGGUCGCCGCUGCACUAUGCGGUGCUCAGCAACGCAACGGAUGUCGUGAGAGCAUUGUUGGAAGCCGGUGCCUGCCCCGAUACUCCACAGGUGUUUACUGAAACUCCACUGCACGUUGCAGCGUCUUUAGGUUCUGCUUCGUGUACGAAGCUAUUGCUUGACGCAGGGGCUGAUGUCAGAGCGGCUUUAGGCCCAGGAAGAGCGACAGCAUUGCACCUUGCUGCAGAAGAUGGCCAUGCUGAAUGCGCUCAAUUACUUCUUGAUAACGGUGCUCACAUUGACUGGCCAAAUUUUAGAGGACAAACUCCUCUGCAUUUAGCUGCUUUGGCUCAAUCAGUAGAAGUUGUUGAAUUGUUAGUAAGCCGGCGCGCUGAUGUAAAGGCCAGGGAUGGCGAUGGACGAACUCCUCUUCAUGGUGCAAUAGUGCGGGGAGCUCGUGCGUGUGACGUAGCCAGGCUAUUGCUGUCUGUGGGUGCGGACCCUAAUGCGCCUGAUAAUUUUGGAUACACUCCACUACACAUAGCCGCUUUGAACGAGUUUUCAGCAUGUGUAUUGUUGUUAUUAGACUACGGUGGUGACGUGACUCUCCGAACAAAUGGAGGAAUUUCAGCACUUUCAUUCAUCGUUCGUCGCGUCCCAGACGUGAUUCCUCGGUACUUGUGCAAGUUUGAUGACGCAGUUCAUGUCAGUGAGCACGAGCUGGGCGAUGUGGACUGUGAACUUACGAUCGACUUCAGGCCUUUAGUGUCCUGUCUAUCACGAGGGGAAGCCGAGCUGUUACUCGCAUUUGUUGAGGUGGGUCGCAGAGACGUGUUGAAACAUCCAGUCGCAGAAACAUUUUUGUUUCUUAAAUGGCGAAGAAUCAGAAAGUUUUUCGUUUUGAGCUUUAUUUACCACGCCUUAUUCAUAACUUUGUACAGCCUUUACAUACUGCAAACAUAUUUAUGUGAAGAAGAGACCUGUGAUGUUCCAGCGUAUGUCAGACCGAUUCAGUAUCUCAUUAUUAUUCUCAAUUUAUGUUUUAUGUCAAAGGAAUUAUUUCAAGCUUGUUUAGAUUGGUCGGCGUAUAUCCGACAGUGGGAAAAUUGGCUACAAUGUUUGAUUAUAAUUGGAGUGUUUUUGUGUACAAUACCUUGGGAUGUCGAGAAUGGAGUAGUUUUGAAAAAUAACACUUCAAACUGGCAACAUGACGUUGCGGCGAUUACUAUAUUCUUCUGCUGGCUUGAAUUAAUGAUGAUAAUUGGAAGAUUUCCGACAUUUGGCCUUUACGUACAAAUGUUUACAACUGUAACGGUGAAUUUCGCGACAUUUCUAUUAGCCUACAGCUGUCUUCUGAUUGCCUUUGGUCUGGCGUUCAGCGUGCUUUUCAGCAACUACCCAGCAUUUCACUUGCCCGCUGGUUUAGUAAAGACAGUCAUGAUGAUGUCCGGUGAACUGGAGUACGAAGACAUAUUCUACAACAACUGCACCAACUCACAAAUACAGUAUCCCUUGACAGCUCAUGGAAUUUUCUUGAUAUUUGUACUGCUUGUCACAGUAAUUUUAACGAAUCUACUGGUUGGUUUAGCAGUUAGUGAUAUUCAGGCAUUACAAGAGAGCGCAGGCCUAGACAGACUAGUCCGACAGACACAGUUGGUAGCCCACCUUGAGAGUAUGCUGUUUAGCUCUUUGCUAUCAUGUGCGCCGAGGCAGCUGAUAUCGGUGCUCCGGUGGGGAGCCCUACUCACAGCCACGCAGACACGGACACUCAACAUAAGGCCUAAUGACCCCAGAGAGAAUAGGAUACCAAAAGAUCUAAUAGCAUCAAUAUACAAAAUGGUUGCAAGUCGAAAAGAUACAAAACGAAGUAUAAGAAAAAAUAACAACUACAAAUGUAUAGUGAAGAAGGAAAAAGACGAUAGUGAGGUGGACACACCACAGAUAGUUAAGAGGAAGAGUUAUCUUUAUGACAGAUUCUCAUCUGAAGGACAGCAAGUUGAAAGAAGAAAGAGGACUACAUCCAGCUCCUUGGAGAACAGAAACAGACCAGUUUCAUUGACAAUAAGUGGAAUACAAGAAAUAUGCAUGGUUGACAUUAAAACCCAACUAAUGGAGCUGUCAAAGAAAAUUUCAAAGUUAACAGAAACUACUGAAGCAAGAUUGAAGCUAAUUGAGUCCAAAUUAGGCGAUAGCCAGCCACCUUGAUGAUGUUGUCUUAUAAAAGUUUAUACAGGGUGUAUUAUAUUGUUUAUUAAUGUUUAUAAUAUCAUGUAUUAAAAAUGUUGACUUUAAGGACUGUUCUGCUGACUUUUGUUCUAUAUUUAGAGAACCAUUAUAUCUUUGAGUGAU